AUGACAUAUGAAGAUAUCAACGAUGCAAUCAUGGGAUUCUGCCAGAAACCAAUUUCAAUUCGAUCAACUGGUUUUGCUCAACAGAGCAGUUUGGAAAAGUUACUAGAUUUUGGGAAGCUUGCAGCAAAGAAUAUGGAGAAAAACCCAUUGCCCCAAGAAGCGGUCACACCUAAGAAAGAGUUGAAGACAUUACCCCGAGGAUUAAAGUAUGCCUACCUUGGGGAUGAGGAAACCUUCCCAGUCAUAAUCAAUAGCCAGUUGAAAGAGAAGCAAGAGGAAGGGUUAUUGGAAGUACUGAGGAGAAACCAGAUGGCUAUUGGAUGGACUAUGUCGGACUUGGUAGGGAUCAGCCCUGACCUCUGCGUACAUCACAUACGCCUCGAAGAUGGUGCGAAAGCUCACAGAGAACAACAACGGAAACUGAACCCUAACAUGCGAGAAGAGGUUCUGAAAGAGGUGCUAAAGCUACUAGCAUUGGGGAUUAUUUCCUCUAUUCCUGAUAGCAAAUGGGUCCACCCAGUACCCAUGGUCUGCCCACGAGAUGGCUAUAGUGGGUAUUUUCAUAUUUAUGUGGACCCCGAGGAUCAAGAAAAGACGACUUUCACAUGCCCAUUUAGGACGUGUGCAUAUAGAAGGAUGCCCUUUGGUCUAAGCAAUGCACCAGGGACAUUCCAAAGGUGUAUGAUGAGUAUCUUCUCCGACUUACUGGAAGACUGCAUUGAGAUCUUCAUGGACGAUUUCACAGUAUAUGGGAAUUCUUUUGAGUCAUACCUGGGCCAUAUUGUGUCAGAGAAGGGAAUUCAAGUUGAUAAGGCAAACGUGGAGGUGAUCAACAAGCUGUCGUUUCCUACAAAUCUGAAUGAUAUAUGGGCUUUUGUGUGCCAUGCUGUGUUUUACAGGAGGUUCAUCAGAGACUUCGCAAAAAUUGCUCAGCCAUUAACCCAUCUGCUAAAAAAUGACGUGGAGUUUGUUUUUGAUGAACCGUGUCAGAAGGCAUUCCGACUGGAAUCACCCUUUUGA